CACUGCCUAGGGCUGGGUUUUGUCCUUCUAGUACAGAGAGCUGUUAGGUGGUGAUCUGUGGGACUUGGAUGUUGGUAAAAGUUUUGGACCUGGAUAUCGGUGAAGUUUUGGACUCGGAUGCUGGUGACUUGUUGUACUUGACAGAUUGGUCUUGGUACGAGCAUUUAUAUCAACAAAGAUGAGGAAGUGGGAAAUGGCUCAAGGCAACAUCCUACAGUACAACACCUUUGACGAAGAGGCUUUAACAGAGCACUAUGAAAUCCUAAAGACCCUUGGUCGGGGAGCAUUUGGAGAAGUAAAAUUGGCUAGCCAUCUACUCACCCAGACAAAGGUAGCAGUAAAAGUUCUUCCAAAAAGCUCAAAGAACAUCUUCAUCAAAUCAGAAAUUGAAAUAAUGAAAUCUCUAGACCAUCCCAAUAUCAUUAAACUUCUUCACAUAAUCGACACCACAAAUAACAUUUACCUGGUUAUGGAACAUGCCAUAGGCGGAGAGCUGAUGGCCAGGAUUGUGGAGUUUGGCUACCUACCUGAGGACGAGUCCCGUAAGGUAUUUAAACAGAUGGUGUGUGCCCUUCAGUAUUGUCACAGGAAAGGGAUUGCUCACAGGGAUCUAAAGCCUGAAAAUAUUUUAGUGGACGGCAAAGGAAAUAUAAAACUCAGUGAUUUUGGGCUGGGCACCAAGCUUCCCAUGGGGCAGAAGCUAGCAUAUUUCUGUGGGACCCUUCCUUAUUGCGCCCCAGAACUCUUUGAAGGUGGAGGCUACGAUGGCCGAGCAAUCGACAUCUGGAGUUUGGGAGUUGUACUCUACUUUAUGUCUACAGGGUGCCUCCCUUUCAAGGGAACUACCUUUGGAAUGCUAAAGGACAAAAUCUUGGCAGGAAAGUACCCCGUUAAUUUCAAGCUGUCGCCAGAGCUUUGGGAUGUUAUUGCUAAGUUGUUAACCGUAAAUCCUGGAGAAAGACCAAGAAUAGGUGACGUUGUGGGCUUUCAAUGGCUGAAGCAUGGCAAUGAAGGUUCUCCCAAUCCCUUUAGAGAGAACAAUGAGGACAGCUACCCAGACCCCACUGUGAUGGUCAUCAUGGGCGUCAUGGGUUAUAAGCAAGGAGAGAUAAUGGAAGCUUUACGGGAGAAGAAGUUUGAUCAAGUGAUGGCCACCUACUUGAUUCUUAGGCAGCAAUCACCCUGGGAAGACAUUAUAAAAGAUCUUCAGCCCAAGCAGUCUGCUGGAACCUUGAACCUUAUAGGCCUUCCCACAAUACCUAAAGUGACUAUCAAGAGGGGAUCUAGUGUCCCUAUCCUUCCCACUUCUUCCAUUUUGCCCACUCUACCUGAGAGUCCCGAGAAUGACAAAAAGGGGAAAACGAGGUACAGUAUGCCUCCCACCGUGAACUGCCCUGACAAGAAAACAGCCCCAGUUCACAGAAUUUGCCCCCAGCGUGUACUUGAGGCUAAUUUCAUGAACAGCGCCUGGGGGGAUUCAGAGAGCACUAUUAACACCUCCGAUGAAAUAUGUACCACAGUGUCUUCAGCACUGGAAACUUAUUCCAGCAAGUUAUCCUGGAAUGUGUCCAAAGCUGGCCCUAACAAAUCAAAGAGCAAGGCGUCCUCACAGGAUGUUUUAUCUCAUCACACCCCAAUGGAGGAAGUUCAGUUCCAAGACGUCAACACACCAGGUGAAAUUAUUGGCUCAUCUCUCCCACAAACCUCACCUCAGGAGGACCUCAGAGGACAGCCCCACAGCAUGUCUACUGCUGGUCGGAGAGGUGAAAGGACCAGCUCAUCUCUCCUACAAACUGCACCUCAGGAGGACCUCAGAGGACAGCCCCACAGUGUGGCUACAGCUGUUUCAAAGAACAUGACCUCACAGGAUAGAUCACCCCCAUUCUCCAGCAAGGAGGCCCAGGAUGAGGGUCCGAUUGUACAAGAAAAAGACCUCAGCCCAUCCUCCCCAGAAACAUCCCAGGGACACCUCAGUGGCCGGUGCCAGACUGCACCCAGAGCCCCCUUUAGAAAGCGGAUUUGGAAGAGCCUACGGAGAAGGAUUAUAAAAGGCCUGAGAAGUUUAUGCUGCUGCAUACCAACAGAAAAGAGGGAGCGCCUAGGCUGCAACAAAAUCCUGCCUGUGACCUUAGAGGACCAUGGAGGGAGCCAAGGUAACAGGUGUACCUGUGAGCCAUUAGAAGAGACAUCAGCACCAGAAGCAGAGGAGGACCCCAGAGGGCCUGACCAGUUUGUAUGUGUUCACGAUGAAUAUUGCUGACCAGGUUGGAGCCAGACACAGAGGAGGAACGAGUUUGCAGGGAGUGUCCAUCUUGUGCUCAUUUGGGAAGGUAGAGUGUGUGGGAACAGGAGCCACGUGAAGCCAGCACAUGCCAUGGUGCACAUUUUGCCCCAGGGCAUCCGGUCCUGUGCAAGGGAAGGCCCACCAGCUGUGCUUUGAGUGGAAGCAAGGUGAAGUCUGGAGUGUUUGACAGUUGGAUUCAGAGAUGGAGCUGGUUCCAAGUGUGAUCGUGGAUAGAAUCUGUUGAUGGAAAAACAAUGGCAACCCCCGGCCUGACAGUGUCUCCUUGAUAAAAGAGG